GGUGGUGUGUAAUCUGUUUGGAAUAGGAGAAAGUUUAUAAUAAUCAUAUAUAUUCUUUAAGUAAGUGUUGCCAAGAAGUAUUACUGCGCUUCAAGUAAGUCACUUUAUAUGAGUGAAGAAAAAUUUCGGACCAUAGAAAAUGCGGAGCAUAGCAUGGAGUCUAAAUAGAAGUUAACUAAGUAGUACGAGUACGAAUUAUAGAAAACAUUAUAGAGGAUAGUAUUUGGAGACAAAAUGUAUAAGACAUUGAUAGUGUUAACACUAUGUAUUGUCUUAUGUGUUGUAGUACAACUUUUACCAGUUAUCUCCGUUCCAUUAACAUCCCCAGAUCGAAAUUUAUACUUUUCCAAUUAUAAUAACUAUACAUUUGGAGUAUUGGGGAUUUGUGAUUUAAAUUCAGGAAUUUGUUCAGCUCCUCGAAUAGGUUAUCCAGCAGUUAAUAGUACUUUCUAUAUGUUAGCUGAUGAUAGUGAUUUUAAACCUGGAGGAGUUGAAUUACCUUCAAAUGCAACUUAUACAAUUUCUAAAUUAUUAGUCAUGCAUCUAGUAGCUUUCAGUCUUACGAGUUUAUUACUAGUAUUUGUAUUAGGUUUAGCUGUAUUACAAUGGAUUGAUGAUCCAAUACCAUUAACAGUAAGAUUUUCAAAAUAUGUAGGUAGUAAAGAAUCAAGACAACAAGCAAUAAUAACUGGUAGUCAAUUUCUUUCAACUGGUGAAGGUAAUGAACAAUUAGUUAAAAAACCACUACGAGAUAUUACUCCUUAUUUAAAUAUAAUUCUUACUAUUGCUAUAACUUCAUUUUUAUGUAAUUUAUUAGGUUUCCUAGCUGAUAUAUUAUUGUUUGUACCUAAUUUAACUUAUUUAGGUUGGUUACAGUUAUUACCAAUUAUCUGUUUAGCAUUAAUUAUUACCUUAUCAUGCUUUAUAAAAAGAUCAAUAUCAUCACGAAAAUUUCUUGAAGAUGAUCAAAAAUAUGAAAAUGAUGAUAUGAGAACAAGAAAAAAGGUUAUAGGAAGUAGAUGGAGUGAAGAUGCUAGUGAUGAUGGGUUUUAUGUAUAUACCAAUGGGUUUUAUACUGCUCAAAAUAAUAAUAAUAAUAAUACUAAUAGAGGUCCUAAUGAUAUUGCCUUACGUAGUGGAGUACUUUUUCAUCAUAAUAAUGAUAGUCAACUUAGUGAAUGGGUUCAUCAUUCUUAUCAAGUUGAUCCUGAAGAAAUAUCAUUAAAUUCUGAACAUCAUAGACAUGAAUCAGAUACUCAACGUCUGGCUUUACAUUUUAAUAUUGUUAACAAUUCACCUUAAACUGGAUAUUUUUUUCAUUUCUUAACGGUUUUAUUUACAAAGGUUACUAUUUUAUAUAUUUCAUG